GCACCACCUCUGAGCCUGCGCUGUCGCCAUUCCCAGAUGAAGAGAAGCCCGUGCCCCACCAUCAGAGAUACGGCUUGCCAAUGGGCCCAAGGUGCCAGGGGCGCGUGGAGAUCCUCUACAACGGCUCCUGGGGGACAGUCUGCGAUGAUGACUGGGACAUUGUGGAUGCCAACGUGGUGUGUCGCCAGCUGGGCUGCGGCCACGCCAUCACCCUCCCGGCCGCCAUGACCUUCGGCCAAGGGAGCGGACCCAUCUUCCUGGACAACGUGGACUGCAAGGGCCGGGAGGCAGCCUUGAGCGAGUGCUGGAGCCACGGCUGGGGCAUCCACAACUGCUACCACUACGAGGACGUGGCUGGCGUGUGCAACGGGAAUGAGGCACGUGUGCAACGAGCUCUCGCCUACGCAAGCCAGCGAAGGACCGACAAGCAGGACCCUCACAGCCUCCGUGACGGCAGCAUCCGUCUGGUGAGCGGCACCGACACCUGCCGAGGGCGAGUGGAGAUCUUCUACCGCGGGAACUGGGGCACCGUCUGUGACGACGACUGGGGCCUGAGCGACGCCAGCGUGGUGUGCAAGCAGGUGGGCUGCGGCCAAGCCCUGGAUUACAAGAGCAACGCCUAUUUCGGCUACGGCACGGGGCACAUCCUCCUCGACAACGUCAACUGCGAUGGCAGCGAGCCCUUCCUCUCCGCCUGCUACAGCCUCGUAAUCCAUAACUGCGGCCACCACGAGGAUGCCGGGGUCAUCUGCACAGGGCUGGACACGUCCACCAUCACGUCCUUCACCACCUCGGUGGCCCUGGACUACAAAGAGACGCUCACUGCCACGGCCACAG